AUGAAGCAGUUCAACCCUUCUUCCGCUCGGUCCAGCCAUCUUUACUCCGAAACACUGCGAACAAAUGCCCUACGGCUUAUCUGGAUCGUUCUCGUUAUUUGGGGUGAACUAGGCGCGUUUUUCUGGAGCCUAUCAGCAUGCCACUGGCCCUUUGAGGGUGAUGAUCAAUUAACCCCCCAGAAGCCUACACGUGUCUUACUCUUAUCCGAUACGCAAGUGGACUACCCUUCCUCGCAUGGGCACGGGAAUUCAUGGCUGGGCCCAUCUCGACGAUUCCUCUUCCAUCUGAACUUGAAAAAGAGUUGGUUCGUCACGUCGCGUCUCAAACCACAUGCAAUCAUCUUCCUGGGAGACAUGCUGGCGAAUGGAAAGAUCGCCAGAAAUGAAGCAGAAUACGAGCAAGCCGUUCGAAGGUUCAAGUCAAUCUUUGCGACAGAUCAUUCUGUGCCUGUUUACUACAUUCCAGGAAAUAACGACGUCAGCAUGGGCCAACUUGGCUCUCUUGCAAAAAAUGUCCGCGGCUACUAUACAAAGGCAUUCGGGCCUGUCAAUCAACAUUUCCGUAUACAAAAUCACACGUUUGUUGGUUUAGAUGCACCAGGUCUAGUGGACGAGGAUUAUCAGCGUUCUGGUCGCGGAAUAUCAUUUGAUCGAUGGACUCCCAUUGAAGAUGGACCGAUCUCUUUUGUGAAACAAGCCGCGAUUGCCGAUCACCCCGUUAUUCUGCUCAGUCACAUACCACUAGCACGAUCUACGUCUGCAUCGUGUGGUCCCCUCAGAGAACGUGGAACGAUUCGCAGGGACGUUGGUCAUGGAUACCAAAGCAUGUUGGGAAAACAAACCACACAUUUUUUACUGGAGACUCUCCAACCCUCAAUAGUCUUCAGUGGUGACAAUCGUGAUUAUUGUGAUUAUACCCACACUUCAAAUGUCCCAAGUAUUUCAAUGACAACCACCCCAAUUCGGGAAGUCACUAUCAAGUCAUUUUCCAUGUCGGUCCACAUUCGUAGACCAGGAUUCCAUCUCUUAUCUCUCGUUGACCCCACAACACGCACCUUCCCGGGUCAGGCAUCUUUUGGAGACACUGCCUGUUUUCUUCCCGAUCAAUCGAGAAUAUACACAUCCUUCUACGGAACACUUGCUAUCCUGACCUUCCUCCUACUUUUUGUGGCCAACUUGCGAAGAGUUCGUUCUCAAACCCGCUGGAGACCAGAGCCCAUUUCGCUAUCUCCAUCUCCGCGCAGCACAAGUGGUCGUAACAGUCCAAUGGCUCAGGAUUCAGUCCUUGGGUCACCCACUUGGUCACCACACACGCCGGGAAGCCCCAGUCCGCGAAAUUCUCUCCCAUCGACACUACGCUACCCACAGGGCCCUACGGGACCGACGCUUCGCGCUUCCUCUCGUCCUGGCACCCCCCUCGCUAGUUCCCCUCUUCUGAGCCCUUCACACUUGACGUUUGCGGAUAGACAAGAAGACGACGAUGAAGACGCGAUGCAUCCAGCGCAGUAUGCUUCACGGAGGGAUAAUCACCGGCAUUACGAGGACGAAGAGUGGUCGGAUAUCGGGCGCACGAAGGAAGAAGACGAAUUUGAACUCCUUGGGGGGCUGGAUCGAGGAGUAUCUUCACGUCCACCGAUCUCGCGAUUCAUUUUGGCGCCAGGACAUUCGACUAAGAGCAAAUCACUGUCAUGGUCCAGGACAUUUGUACUUGCAGGGAGAAGGCGUCGUAUUACUCUUCGUGUACCGGGUUGGAACUCCCUUGCGGAUAUUCGGGAGCUGCUUGAUUUCAGCGUUGGAUCCAGGCAUCGAAGGGGGAUCUUGUGGAAUACAAUUAUCGAUGGACUGAAUGUCUUUUACCCUCCUUUAGCUGUAUGGUGCUUAAUUAUUUGGAUACUUUUGUAG